AUGUCAAAACGAAAGAACUUUAAGAAAUUGAACCUACCCGCGAGCCCGGCUACGCCCGCGCCGCCCGCGGUAGCACAGCCGGCGGUUGAGGAUGCGGUGAUUCCUGGCUCGAGGGCGGAACAGGUUUAUCUGAAUCGGCAGAGUCAGUAUCAUAACAAGUUGUCUGAACAGCUGGCUACGCUGGAGUUGGGAGUCGAGUUCAAGCUGGAUUUGAAAGAGGAGGAUAUCGAGGUUCAGAGGGAGUUGGGAGCGGGGAAUGGAGGGACCGUGAGCCGGGUAUUACACAAACCCACACGGACCAUCAUGGCCCGAAAGAUCAUCCACAUCGAAGCCAAACCCGCAACCCGGAAACAAAUCCUCCGCGAACUCCAAAUCAUGUACGACUGUUCCUCUCCCCACAUCGUCUCCUUCUACGGCGCAAUCCUAACAGGCCCACAAUCCGCCGACGUCGCAAUCUUCAUGGAACACAUGGACGCCGGUUCCCUUGAUCGAAUCUCCAAACUCUCCCCGCUCCCACCACGGAUAUUGAGAGCGGUGACGAGGAGUGUGAUGGAGGGGUUGGGCUAUUUGUAUAAUGUGCAUAGAAUCAUUCAUCGGGAUAUUAAGCCGAGUAAUGUUCUCGUGAAUCGGAGGGGCGAGGUCAAGUUGUGUGAUUUUGGGGUUUCGGGGGAGUUGAUUAACUCUAUCGCCGACACAUUCGUCGGGACGUCGACCUACAUGAGUCCCGAACGCAUCCAAGGCGCCCAAUACUCCGUUAAAUCCGACGUCUGGUCCUUCGGCAUAACCCUCAUCGAACUCGCCGCCGGUUCCUUCCCCUUCCCCUCCUCCGCCGGCACCCCUCUCGGAAUCCUCGAUCUCCUACAACAAAUCGUCCACGAACCCGCUCCCACCCUUCCCGAACUCGUCCGCGGAAAGGUGGAGUAUGUCGGCCCCUACGUGAAAGAGGGGGAAGGAAAGAGGAGUGGGGAUGAUGAGGUCGAGUGGAGGGUCGACCGUAGUCUGAAGGAGGUUGUUGCGGGGUGUUUGGAUAAGGACCCAGAGGCGAGGUGGGGGCCUGAGGUGGUGUUGAAAAGUGCGUUUAUGAUGGACGGGGAGGGGGAGGAGGUUGAUUUGGGGCCGUGGGCUAGGAGUACGAUGAAGCAGUAG